AACGUCACUGAGCCUGGAGCGCGUUCACGUGAGGCGGAGGGUAGCCGAGUGCGCGCUCGUCUGUGCUGCCAAGCCCUGGACUGACUGCGGCACCGAGUGAGGGAGAAGAGAGGACGGCGGCACGGGGCCCCUGGUGCGUCACUCUGCCGGCAGGUUCCUGCUGGAGUCUCUUUGGUCAGCGAUGGUCCAGUGAGCCAAGCGGUCUGUGAGAUGAUACAGUAGGAAGGUGUGACCAUGGGGCUGAAGAAGAAGCAGCCAUGUCCCAGGUUGCUGGAUUACCUGGUGAUCGUAGGCGCAAGGCAACCAAGCAGUGACAGCAUUGCUCAGACUCCGGAGUUGCUCCGCAGGUACCCACUUGAGGACUUUCAUGAUUUUCCCCUGCCUCCCGACGUAGUAUUCUUCUGCCAGCCGGAAGGGUGUCUCAGCGUAAGACAGAAGCGCAUGAGCUUACGAGAUGACACUUCCUUUGUCUUCACGCUUACCGAUAAAGACAGUGGAAUUACUCGCUACGGAAUAUGUGUCAACUUUUACCGCUCUUUUCAGAAACGCAUUCCAAAAGACAAAAGCCGCAAGCAGCCCAAGCCAGCCUCGGAGAAUGGGUCCGAGGGCUCUGAUGGAGGCCAACCUUUACAGGUUCCAAGCGCAGAGUCUGCAUCGGAUAUCAAUCACUCUCCUCACCAAAAACGGCUGUCCAAAGGGGUGCAGCGCUCUCGGAACAGCACUCUGACAUCUCUUUGCAUCAUCAGUCACUAUCCAUUCUUCUCUACAUUCCGGGAAUGUCUCUAUACGCUCAAGAGAUUGGUGGACUGCUGCAGUGAUAGGCUGGUCAGCAAGAAGGCUGGAAUAUCGAAGGGUCUCCAAAGAGACACCAUGUGGAGGAUUUUCACUGGCUCUCUGCAGCUGGAGGAGAAGUCCAAUGUUCUCCUGCACGACUUGCGUGAAAUCGAAGCUUGGAUCUACCGUCUUCUGCGUUCCCCAGUUCCUGUACCCGGCCAGAAGAGGGUCGACGUGGAAGUGCUGCCCUUGGAACUGCAGCCAUCUUUGACCUUCGCCCUUCCCGAACCCUCUCGUUUUUCGUUGGUGGAUUUCCCUCUCCACUUGCCUCUGGAGCUUUUGGGAGUCGAUGCCUGCUUACAAGUCUUGUCUUGCAUUCUUUUGGAACACAAGGUUGUUCUGCAAUCCCGAGAUUACAACGCACUGUCAAUGUCUGUAAUGGCUUUUGUGUCCAUGCUUUAUCCACUGGAGUAUAUGUUUCCUGUAAUUCCACUGCUUCCCACAUGUAUGGCAUCUGCUGAGCAGCUGCUCUUAGCACCCACCCCGUACAUCAUAGGAGUCCCUGCCAGCUUCUUUCUCUACAAGUCUGACUUUAGAGUGCCUGAUGAUAUCUGGCUGGUAGACCUGGACACUAACAAGGUUUUAGUACCUACUAAUGCAGAGCAUAUACCCAUCCUGCCAGAACCAGAAGCAUCGGAGCUCAAGAAGCACCUCAAGCAGUGUCUGCACAGCAUGUCCGUGAUCACGCAGCAGCGCCUUCUCGCCUCCGAUAACAAGGCCCUGGCUAGUAUGAGCCUGAACACUCAGCCUAUCCUUAACCUGGACAGAUUCCAUGAGGGCUCAGAGGCUGCCAUGCUCCGACCUCACAGUGAUGCCCAGGGUACCCCUUCGACGGAGUUUAACCCCCUUAUUUAUGGAAACGAUGUCGACUCUGUAGACGUGGCGACACGGGUUGCGAUGGUCCGUUUCUUUAACUCUCCCAACAUGUUGCACGGGUUCCAGUUGCACACUCGCACUCUGCGUCUCUUCCCUCGGCCUGUAGUGGCUUUCCAGUCCUCUUCCUUCCUCGCAUCGCGUCCCAAGGCUACUAACUUUUCUGAGAAGCUGUCCAAAACUCAGGCUGUGGAGUACUUUGGAGAAUGGUCUCUGAACCCCACUAAUUUUGCCUUUCAGAGAAUACACAACAAUAUGUUUGACCCAGCUUCAAUUGGAGAUAAGCCAAAGUGGUAUGCCCACCAGCUGCAGCCCAUCCAUUACCGUGUAUAUGAUGCAAACUCCCAGCUGGCGGAAGCACUCAGUGUCCCUAUAGAGAGGGAUAGUGACUCAGAGCCCACUGAUGACAGUGGCAGCGACAGUGUGGAAUACGAUGACUCCAGCUCUUCUUAUUCUUCACUUGGUGACUUUGUCAGUGAAAUGAUGAAGUGCGAUAUCAAUGGUGACACACCUAAUGUGGAUCCGCUGACGCAUGCAGCCCUGGGAGAUGCCAGUGAGGUGGAGUUUGAUGACUUUCAGGAGUACUCAGGAGAGGUGGAGGAAACUGCUCCCGACAGCGAGAACUCACCUGACCACAACCAGGCACGUUCAGGCUCCAGCACCACUGCCAGCAGCAGUCCAAGUACUGUCAUCCAUGGAGCCAACACGCAAGAAUCUGCUGAUUCUGCCGAGCCAGAUGAGAAGGUUUUCGGUGCGCUGCAGAAUCACCUACCCACCCUGGCACCCACGUUUAACCGCCUAGCGAUGGAACGCCGUGAGAGUGAAUCAUCUGUCGGUGCGGGUGAGACACGAAGGCGUGAAUAUGACAAUCCCUAUUUUGAGCCCCAGUAUGGAUUUCCACCAGAGGAGGAGAAUGAGGAGCGUGAAGAAAGUUAUACCCCCAUGUUUAACCAGACUGUUAAUGGCACCCGAUCUCAGAAGCCUUUGCUUCGUCCUAAUAGCCUGAAGCUGGCCAGCGAUUCUGAUGCAGAAACAGAUUCUCGGGGGAGCUCCCCCACCUCAACUGUUUCCAACAAUAGCAGCAAUAACGAGGGCUUUGGUGGCAUCAUGUCCUUUGCCAGUAAUCUGUAUAAAAGUCAUAGUAGUAACUUCAGUCUGUCAAGCUUGACGCUUCCGAACAAGAGUGGCCGAGAUAAGGCGACCCCAUUUCCGAACUUUAAAGACCAACAGAAAGUGGCAGGGGAAUUAGGAAAAGUAUUUGGGCUAAAUACUAUAAUGGAGAUAAUUGCAGACUCCGGUCCCGCCCCUGCAGAAGCCAGCACCAGGCGGGCUUUGGUCGACCAGAAAUCUUCCGUUAUAAAACACAGCCCUACAGUAAAGAGGGAAUCUCCUUCCCCACAGGGCAGAGCUAACAAUUCCAGUGAGAACCAGCAGUUUCUGAAGGAGGUGGCAAUGAGUGUCCUCGAGGGACAAGGAGUAGGCUGGCUGAACAUGAAAAAAGUGCGCCGCUUACUGGAAAGCGAACAGCUGCGCGUCUUCGUCCUGAGCAAACUGAACAGGUGCAUGCAGACAGAAGAGGAUGCUCGCAAUGAUGUCAUCCAGGAAGUGGAAAUCAGCAGGAAAGUAUAUAAGGGCAUGCUAGAUAUGCUGAAGUGUACGGUGUCCAGCCUGGAACAAUCUUAUGCCAACGCAGGGCUGGGGGGCAUGGCCAGUGUCUUCAGCCUAUUGGAAAUUGCUCACACACAUUAUUACAACAAAGAAGCUGAGAAAAGGAAGCACAGUCCUUCUGUCGAUGGCACUGUGACGCCCGUGUCUAGGGAUUCUGUCACCAUUCAGCGAGGAGAACCUAGACCUACCCCCCAGCUGCCCCCCCAGCAGCUCCUUUCCCGCCCAUCGGGCUCCGCAGGCCGGGGGGCACGAGAGUUUGAUACACGGAGUCUGAAGGAAGAGAAUUUUGUGGCCUCCAUUGAGUUGUGGAACAAGCAUCGGGAAGUGAAAAAGCAAAAAGCUAUGGAUAAACAGAGCACAGAGCAGCCCAAGCAGGUGAUCGAUAGUGCAGAUACGGAAGAGAAGAAGUCUCAGAUUAGUGCGGAUAGUGGCCUGAGUGUCACCUCGGGAUCUCAGCAGCGGAGUGAUUUGGAUGUUGUCAGUACAGGACCUUCCAUUCUCAUUCGAAGCAGCAGUCAGGAUUCUGAAAUCAGCACAGUGGUCAGUAACAGCUCAGGGGAAACACUAGGUGCCGACAGUGAUCUGAGCAGCAAUGCCGGAGACACAUUGGGUGGUCCAGGUGGAGGUCGCCUAUCAGGAUCCAGAGGAGCUGUGUCCGACAGUGAGAUUCAGAUGAAUUCUUUCAGUGGAGCCAUAUUUGGGAAGCCCCAGGUCCUGCGUCCUGGAGAGAGAAUGAGUGGUGUCAGCCCUGCACACCCACCACAAGAUGUCAGCCAGCGCAUUUAUCUGUAUGAGGGGCUUUUGGGAAGAGAUAAGUCCUCAGUCUGGGACCAGCUUGAAGACGCAGCGAUGGAAACCUUCUCACUGAGUAAGGAGCGCUCCACCCUCUGGGACCAGAUGCAGUUUUGGGAGGAUGCUUUCCUUGACGCUGUGAUGCUGGAAAGAGAGGGAAUGGGCAUGGAUCAGGGACCCCAAGAGAUGAUAGACAGGUAUCAUUCCCUGGGAGACCAUGACCGGAAACGUCUCGAGGAUGAUGAGGAUCGCCUUCUGUCUACUCUCUUACACAACAUGGUGGCAUACAUGGUGAUGAUGAAGCUAAACAAGACCGAUCUCCGGAAGAAGGUUCGACGUCUGCUGGGGAAGUGUCACAUAGGUUUAACGCACAGUCAACAGAUUAAUGAGCUGCUUGACCGAGUGACAGAUCUGAACGGCCGUGACCUGAGCACUCGCCCCAGUGGUAGUCGUCACAUUAAGAAGCAGACUUUUGUGGUGCAUGCUGGGACUGACACCAAUGGAGACCUGUUCUUUAUGGAGGUUUGCGAUGACUGUAUUGUAUUACGCAGUAACAUUGGAGCUGUGUAUGAACGCUGGUGGUAUGAAAAACUCAUUAAUAUGACCUACUGCCCUAAGACAAAAGUGCUCUGUCUGUGGAGAAGAAACGGACAAGAGACCCAACUCAACAAGUUUUUCACCAAAAAGUGUCGGGAGCUGUAUUAUUGCGUGAAGGAGAGCAUGGAGCGAGCAGCAGCACGACAGCAAAGCAUUAAACCAGGUCCAGAGCUUGGCGGUGAGUUCCCUGUUCAAGACAUGAAGACUGGGGAAGGGGGUCUUCUUCAGGUGACCUUGGAAGGGAUUAAUCUGAAAUUCAUGCACAGUCAGGAGCGGAAGGUUUUCAUACAGCUGAAUCACAUUAAAAAGUGUAACACUGUACGGGGCGUCUUUGUCUUGGAGGAAUUUGUUCCUGAAACUAAAGAAGUGGUGAGCCACCGGUACAAGACACCCAUGGCCCACGAGAUCUGCUACUCUGUCCUGUGUCUCUUCUCCUACGUGGCCGCCAUCCGAGGGAAGGAAGCGGAGAUGAAGAACAGACCCCCUCGACCUGUGUCCAGCUGACCUCUCCCCCCCUUCCUAAUAACUGACCUGUGACCACUCACUGAAUGUGUGCGCUAUGCUUCAUCCCUUCCCUGACUGCCGGCUCCGCUGACAGCAAUUCCAUUGGCGAUCUACUGUAACAUUCCUCCUGUACACGGAGGCCGAACAGUCUCCCUUGUAGUGACUUCACCAUGUGUCGUGACUGCAUUUUACAGAUCCCCCUCUGCUUUAGUGUUGUGUGUGUGUUUGUGUGUUUCUGGCCUCUGUGCAGUGAAUACCACACAACUGUUCCAAAACAAGAUCAUCAUUGCACCCCUUCAAGGCCCCGCGUUCUGUUGUGCGAUAGUGUUGCGGUCAACGGCCGCUUGUAUAGGGCCUCUCUGGAUUUGCAGGACCCAAAGGCUUGCAUUCUAGCUCCCACUCUGAGUGCUGUGUCUGAUGUUCAAGCAAAGCAUGCUUCAGAACUUUCCCCCCAUGGGCUGACGGACAGAAAAAAAAACCAUGGACAGCCAUUGCGGGCUUCUAGCGUAUAUAUGUAAAAGAAAAAAAGGUUACCACAUUUCGCAGGCAGGUGUGGAACCUUACGGUACAGAGUGUAAAUAUUAAGGUAUUUGAUGCCCCAUACCAGCCAUUGUCCACCACUGCAUGGAGAGCACUAUGUAAAUAUACCAGUCUUUCUUAUUUAUAGAAUUCUGUACAGAUCCUGAAUGUGCAAUAAACUGGCAUUCUAAUGCUG